UUGAUGAAGAGCACUUGGUUAACACUUGCGUAUGAAGAAAACGAACAACGUUUUAGAGCGUAAUAUAAAUUCUCAGUUUUGCCUGUUUUAUGCCUCAAAUUCAUAAAAACUUUUCGCGAACGAUUUACCCACAAUUCAAGUUCAUAUUCGAAGAGUUUGAUAAUUUACCAGAAUGACUAAAUCGUACAUAUUUCUCGCCCUCAUACUGGGCCUGGUUUUCGCUCAAACUUGUUCGGCUGGACCAGCAAGAAUCUCACUAUCACCCCGAGAAAUAGAUUCAGACGAUGAAGACGCAGAUGAAGAUGCCGAUUCCGAAGAUGCCGAUUCCGAAGAUGAAGACGAUGACGACCUUGAAGACGAGGAUGACGAAGAGGAAGAGGAAGAAGAGGAAGAAGAAUCGAACCCAGCACCUAGCUGUCUACUAUUCGGUGACCAAGCUUGCCACAUCGAAUGUACCGUAAUAGCUCAAGCCUACAGCAUCACAGCCGAUGGCCACUGCGACGAGAACCAAACCUGCCAAUGUCACAUUACCGGAAAGGUUUCCUUCCAGAAAGCUUGGAAGAAUAAAUUCGAUUCCGACUACGUAUACAAAAAAAUCAAAGAAAACGACCUGGUCCUCGAGCAAGCCCACAGAAUCUUUAACUACCCACUCAGAACCGCCGAGGAAUUCAAGAACCUCUUCAAGCCCAUCCUCAGUCCAUAUCAGUUCACCAAACUUGAAACUCACGACGACAGUAAAGCUGCCGAAUUCACUAAGAAUGGCGAAGAUAAAAUAGAUCAGAAAGCUGUCGAGCAAUAUGUCGCCAAAGAGGUCAAAUCGCUUCUCGAGUCGUCAGCCAAGUCCUUAUUGACAACCAAGUACCAAGAUAAAUUUAGGGAAGCUUUGAACGAGUCUGAAGGCAACGAAGGUACUCUGCAUAAUUUCACAUUUAGGGUACGUCAACUGAAAAAUAAAACUUUGGAGAAUAUUUUGAAAGAAUAUCUCAAGAAGAAUGGCAAAGAUGAACCCAAAGUCGAAUCUAUUGAGAAAGAAGGUCUCAGUGAAAUUCUAACAAACGCUGUUAUCAAUGAAAUCAUAAAAAAGAAUGACGAAAAAAAUAGACCACCACCAAAGAAAACCGCCCCAGCUAAGAAAGGUGCUGCAGGUAAGAAACCUGCCACUGGCAAAAAAGCUGCCGCUCCCACAGACAAAAAACCUGCCGCAGUCAAAAAACCAGCUGGAAAUAAAAAACCUUAAGCUUCGAGGUAAUUUAAUUAGGUACAGGCACCUACAAUUUUAGAUAUAAUUUUUCUCACAAAUGAUUAUACGUAAUCAACCAAAUAAAUGGAUCUAGUGAUUUGCAUAGUUCAAAAA